CGUGGUAUCACGUGAAGAUUGUAAUGCUUGUGAAACUGUUCGGCGGGCAGUCAUGAUGAUCAUGAUGAUAAUGAUUGUUCAUGACUUAAGUUGCACCCCCGUGCUCAUGACGCUUAUGACCGCUUAUGACGCUCGUGACCUGAUGACCAUGAUGACUGCAACGACUGCAACUGCAUAAACCUUGACGAUCCUUUAGACCGUUUAGACGCUUUAUUAGACUGCGCAAGACAGACCAAAGAGCGUAGCACCAAUUUAAAAUACAGCAAUUUGUAUGCUUUUUAGGUUAGGUUUAUUGUAUCGUAUAUUACGUUAAAACAGGUUAAAAUCAUGAAGUUUUUAAACUAAUUUUAUGUAAUAUGCUGAUAGUUUAUCCUUGACUAAAUUAGCGAAAUUUGUCGUUAAAACAGUGUAGGGGAGACUAAAUUUAUGUAGUAAUUUGUAGUGUGUUUUAUUAUUAAGAUGACGUCUGCACUCACAAAAGAACAGAAAGAAAGGAUUGAGGCAAAACGACAACUUGCAUUACAAAGAAGAAACGAACGACAGAGACUUCAAAACCAGAACCCAUCUCUCAGUAAUGUAAAUAGUUCAUCAGAUAAAUCCUCAAAUCCAGAAGAGUGUCAUCGAACUCACGAUCAACAAUGUGUCAUACCUAAUACAUGUAUUGUAAAAAGGGAUUCUUUUGCCUUAAAUCCUUACACAAAACAAACUAGAAAAGAAGCAAACUGUAACCCUAGACAAACUGUACAUAACCAUAAGGUUUAUUUUGGAUCUAGACGAUUUGUUCAUCAAAGGAAUAAUUCUUUUUCCACUGCGGAAGUCGUCACUGGAAGCUGCAAACUUCUAUCAAAGGAGAGAUUUAUUGUGGUUGUGCCUUACCAGGAACAAUUGAUAGACAUAUUCAAAUCUCUUGGCAGCAAAAUAUAUGAUCCACAAGAGAGAACAUGGAACUUUGCCCUUGAAGAUUAUGAUGUUCUCAUGAGAAAAGUGCAGUGUCUAAAAGGGGCGGUGUCUAUAAGUGGCCUACCAGAUUAUGUCUUAAAGACAUUCCUUAAGACUUCACAUGAACCAGAAAGCUUCAAGGAUGUGGAUUUAUCAAGAAUUGAUAAAACUUUGCUGGAUUCUUUGAUGCCAUUCCAGAGAGAAGGAAUAUGUUUUGGUAUUUCCAAAAAGGGUUGUUGCCUUCUGGCAGAUGACAUGGGGCUUGGGAAGACAAUUCAGUCUUUGGGAAUUGCGCACUAUUACAUAGAAGAUUGGCCUCUCUUGAUAGUUUCACCUUCUUCAGUCAGGUACCUUUGGGCAGAUGCCAUCAUGACGUGGCUCCCUAGUGUGCCAUAUCACAGUGUGAUGGUCAUGACAGCAAGCACUGACUAUGUGAAAGAUGCACGAGUUCUUAUAACUUCAUAUGAUAUGAUGACUCGACGACAGAAUGAGCUGAUGGAGAUGGAAUUUGGCAUGUGUAUAAUGGAUGAAUCUCAUUUUCUGAAAUCAUCGAAGUCGGCGCGCACACAAGCUGCGUGUAAGUUGCUGAAAAACGUCAAGCGGGUUUUGAUGUUGAGUGGUACUCCUGCUCUUUCCAGACCUAUUGAGUUGUAUCCUCAGAUAUCAGCCAUUAAUCCAAAGUUGUUUCCUAGUUUCUUUGAAUUUGGUAUGCGGUAUUGUGCUGGAGUAAAGAACAGUUUUGGUUGGGAUUUCAAGGGCUCAUCAAAUAUGAAAGAACUUCAGCUUCUUCUGGAGAGACACCUUAUGAUUCGGAGAUUAAAAUCAGAUGUUAUUUCACAGCUGCCAUCAAAAGUGAGGCAAAUGGUAAUCCUGAAUCCAGAAGUCAUUAAUUCCAAGAGCAAAGAUAUGAAGCGUUGUGUUGAGAAAUUGGAUCAAGAGUAUUUGACAGGAACAGAAAAGAGAGGCGCCCUGCUGAAGUACUACUGCGCUACAGGGAAAGCUAAACUGAAAGCCAUCCGAGACUAUAUUGGUGACAUGCUUGAUAGUGAGAAGAAGUUCAUUUGUUUUGCCCACCACAAAGUUGUUCUUGAUGGAAUUUGUGAAGUAAUUCGUGAGAAGAAGAAAGAGUUUGUGAGAAUUGAUGGAAGUACUGAGUCGAGUACACGCAAACUCCUUUGUGAUAAGUUCCAGCUUGAAAGUAAAUAUGUGGCUGCAGUAUUAUCCAUUACAGCAGCAAAUGCAGGCAUUACUCUUACUGCAGCCCACUUGGUUGUAUUUGCUGAACUGUACUGGAAUCCUGGUAUCCUAACACAAGCUGAAGAUCGAGCUCACCGAAUUGGCCAAGACGACAGUGUUCUGAUCCAGUAUUUGGUAGCGAAAGAAACUGCUGAUGACCACAUAUGGCCCCUAAUACAAAGCAAACUUGACGUUCUGAACAAGGCUGGUCUUAGCAAAGAUAAUUUCUUAGAUACUGAGACCAGUGUCUUGAAGAACUUAAGAAAACAGCCCUCAAUCCUUAAUUAUUUUUCUGAAAUAUCUUUAUCAGAUGAUGAAGUAGCCGAUGACAUGUUAGCAAGCCUUGACUUGGAAGAGUUUGAAAAUUGUGGAAAGAAGCCAAAGCUCAGUUAGAAUUGGAAAGGAAUGAGUGCUUGAAAUAUGACUCUUCAUUAAGCAGAAUGGUACCUAAAGAUGUCAAUAGAGGUGUCGUUACAAACAUAGUGUUGUGUGUCUUUAUACAUUACAUGUUUCAGGAAAACUGUCUUGCAUGAUUGAACUUGUAUAUUUACUAUCUCAUUUUCAUUUUUUGUCUGCUAUAUAUGAAUCUCAUUUUCAUUUUUUUAUGUCUGCUAUAUAUGGAAAUUUGAUAAGGAAUUGUAUAAUUGUUGGAGAUGUGCUCAUUGAAAUGUCUGAAAGGUUUUAUGAAAAAAUCCAGUGUUCCAUCUACUUGUAAUAUUAACAGACAGAUCCAUUUUCUAUAAAUCUUGCUGGCAAAUGAAUGUGAAAUUUAAACAAAGUAAGUCCGGUGGUCUUCCUGUCUUGCCUAAAUUAUUUCCAGCAACAAUUAUCUUAUUUUUUUUCAUCAGAUUUUAGAAAUAUAUUCAGUAUUCUUUGUAUAAAACAUAAUGUAACUUAGAUCUGAAGUUAACAUGUAUACUGUGG